AGUAAAUACGUCGGUAUUGUUGUGGAGGUAUUUCUGUAGCGCUGCGCGUGUUAUUAUUAUUUUGCGGGUGAAAGUGCUGAAAUUCUUAAUUGGCUAGACAAGCCGACCAAACACGCACCAAGUUUGUCAGGAUAGCACAUCAACUUUAAAUAAAUAUGGAUGACCUGAAGGGAUUUUUAAGACAGGCCGGCCAAGAAUUUCUCAAUGCUGCCGGCCAAGCUGCAAUGGGUGCUGCCAAAGAUGUUGUGGGGUCAGUUAUCAACGAGAUAUUUGUCAAAAAGGAAGCGGACACCAAACGCAUACUACCCAGCAUUAAAAACAUGCGCGUUUUGGGUGAAAAGCACUCCAGCCUUCGACCACACUCUGAGGUGCAGGACUAUGAUACACUUUUGAAGAGCUGUCUCGCAAACGGUUCUCUCUUCGAAGAUCCUCUAUUUCCAGCUAGCAACGAGUCCCUCUUGUUCUCGCGUCGCCCAGAUCGUCACAUUGAAUGGCUUCGUCCCCAUGAAAUAACCGACAAUCCUCAAUUUUUCGUUGAGGGAUAUUCCCGCUUUGACGUGCAACAGGGAGAGUUGGGCGAUUGUUGGCUCCUGGCUGCCACUGCGAACUUGACACAGGAAUCAAAUUUGUUCUUCCGCGUUAUUCCUCCGGAGCAGAGUUUUGAAGAGAAUUACGCAGGAAUAUUUCACUUCCGGUUUUGGCAGUACGGAAAAUGGGUUGAUGUGGUGAUCGAUGAUCGUCUACCCACAUACCGCGGAGAAUUGCUGUACAUGCACUCGACGGAGAAGAAUGAGAUGUGGAGCGCGCUUUUGGAAAAAGCAUAUGCCAAACUACACGGUUCCUAUGAGGCACUUAAAGGUGGCACCACUUGUGAAGCCAUGGAAGACUUUACCGGCGGAGUUAGCGAGUGGUACGAUCUGAAAGAGGCGCCCGGAAAUCUAUUUACAAUUUUACAGAAGGCCGCUGAGCGUAACUCUAUGAUGGGUUGCUCGCUGGAGGCUGAUCCAAACGUUCUAGAGGCCGAGACCCCGCAGGGCCUGAUCCGCGGUCAUGCCUACUCAAUAACCAAGGUGUGCCUUAUUGAUAUUGUAACGCCUAACCGCCAAGGUAAAAUUCCAAUGAUACGAUUGCGUAACCCGUGGGGCAACGAAGCUGAAUGGAAUGGACCCUGGAGCGACAGUUCUCCAGAAUGGCGAUACAUACCCGAAGAUCAAAAGGCGGAAAUUGGUCUCACAUUUGAUAGAGAUGGUGAGUUUUGGAUGUCCUUCCAGGACUUCCUAAACCAUUUCGAACGCGUGGAGAUAUGCAAUUUGUCGCCGGACUCACUUACUGAGGACCAACAGCAAAGCGGAAAGCGAAAGUGGGAGAUGUCUAUGUACGAGGGUGAAUGGACCCCCGGCGUAACCGCAGGCGGUUGCCGAAACUUCUUAGAUACAUUUUGGCACAAUCCUCAAUACAUUAUAACAUUGGUUGACCCUGACGAGGAGGACGAAGAGGGCCUUUGCACGGUUAUUGUAGCCUUGAUGCAGAAAAAUCGCAGAUCCAAACGCAACAUGGGAAUGGAAUGCCUCACAAUUGGCUUUGCCAUAUACAGUUUAUCUGAACGCGAUCUUGACAAUCGUCCCCAGGGAAUUCAGUUUUUCAAAUAUAAGCAAUCGGUAGGCCGAUCGCCACAUUUUAUCAACACGCGCGAAGUCUGCUCGCGGUUCAAAUUACCCCCCGGCCACUAUCUUAUUGUGCCCUCAACUUUCGAUCCAAACGAGGAAGGGGAAUUCCUCAUUCGAGUCUUCUCCGAAACUCAAAACAACAUGGAAGAAAACGAUGAUCAUGUUGGAUAUGGGGACUCUCAUGAUACGAUAACACCUGGAUUCCCAACGCCCAAGCCAGUCGAUCCACAGAGGGAUAGUUUGCGUCGUCUAUUUGAUAGCAUAGCGGGCGCGGAUAUGGAAGUCGAUUGGAUGGAAUUGAAGAGAAUUUUGGAUCACUCAAUGCGUGAUGAUUUGCCAAAGCCAAUUACUUAUAGUCGUUUCUCCAAUAAUAACGCAUUUGAAACUCAAGCAGGACCUGGCGAAGAGGCUGGCAAUGCUUGUGGAUUGCUGUCUUUAAUAUGUGGACCGUUUUUGAAAGGAACUCCAUUCGAGGAACAACUGGGCAUGAAUGAUCAAUCAAAUAAAAGGCUAAUUGAUGAGAAUCCAAGUCAUGGUGGAGGCAUAAAUUCCAAUGUAAUUGUUGACGAAACUCAUGGCUUUUCUAAGGAUGUUUGCCGAUCGAUGGUAGCCAUGCUCGAUGCGGAUCAAUCAGGAAAGCUUGGCUUUGAGGAAUUCGAGUCCUUGCUCUCGGACAUUGCCAAGUGGAAAGCUAUUUUCAAAACCUAUGAUCUCGAACACACGGGACGCAUCGAUGGCUUCCAGCUGCGCGAGGCUUUAAAUUCAGCCGGAUACCAUUUGAAUAAUCGCGUUCUUAAUGCUCUUGGACAUCGAUACGGUUCACGGGAUGGGAAAAUUUCCUUCGACGAUUAUCUCAUGUGUGCUGUUAAAAUAAAAACAUAUAUUGAAAUGUUUAAGGAAAGGGAUACUGAGAAAAAUGACACGGCCACUUUCACAUUAGAGGAAUGGAUUGAACGCACUAUAUAUUCAUAAAUAAUCACACUCUAUACUAUGAACAACAAUUUCAUCAGAUCACAUUAUCGAAUUGUUAUAUAAAAGACGAAUAUUUCGUAAAACUGUGUUCACGUUACAUUUUGUACUAAUUUUAUGAGGCAUACACCCUUAAAUAAAUAUAAACAUAAACAAACAAACAAAAACAAUGCACCAUCCCAUACUUUCAAAAUAUAAACUCUUUUGUUCAUUUUUUUAA